CUCUCCAGUCUCCACUACCAAGCACUUCCUUCACUUUUUUCUUUCUCCUUCCUUAGUACUCCGUGCUUUUUCUCCCACUCCAAAUCCAUUCAUUUAUGGAGUUUCUGAAGCUUAUCUACCUGUUAAUCACCCUCGUUAUCAGCCAUAAUUUGCCUAUUUCUUCAUCUGCAUCCUCAGAUGUUGAGCUGGUUUUGCUGAAGAUCAAACCUGUAUUACAGGGCAGCUCUGAGAACUUGCUGCUUUCUUCGUGGAAUACGUCAAUUCCACUCUGUCAAUGGAGAGGCCUCAAAUGGGUCUUCGCAAAUGGGACUUCUUUGGCCUGCACUGACCUGUCUUCGCCACAAUGGACAAGCCUUUCGCUUUAUAACGACUCCUCUUUGCACCUGCUUUCUCUGCAGCUCCCAUCUGCUAAUCUAACUGGAACUCUUCCAAGAGAGCUGGGUGAGCUCACAACUCUGCAAAGUCUCUAUCUUGGGGUGAAUGGGCUAUCUGGAACCAUCCCUCUUGAGCUUGGAUACAGCUCUGCUCUGUCUGAAGUUGAUUUGGGGAACAAUUUGCUCAACGGGUCACUUCCAACUUCAAUUUGGAAUUUGUGUGAUAGGCUGGUUUCGCUUCGGCUUCACGGUAAUUCUUUAUCUGGGACUCUUCCUGAGCCUGCAUUGCCCGGUGCUACUUGCAAGAACCUAGAGUCCCUUGAUUUGGGGCACAACAUGUUUUCUGGAAAUUUUCCUGAAUUUGUAACUAGGUUUAAUGAACUUAAACAACUUGAUCUUGCUAGUAACAUGCUUUCUGGGCCUAUUCCUGUGAGUUUAACCGGACUACAUUUGGAAAAAUUGAAUCUUUCGUUUAAUAACUUUAGUGGGAUGCUGCCAAAUUUGGGAAACGUGAAGUUCGGGGCUGAGGUUUUCGAGGGUAAUCCUGGACUCUGUGGGCCAUCUUUGAGGGCUUGUAGUGGAAGCUCUGGAUUGAGUUCAGGGGCAAUUGCUGGUAUUGUCAUUGGCAUGAUGACUGGAGCAGUAGUCUUGGUGUCAAUUUUGAUUGGAUAUUUGCAGGGAAAGAGGAGGAAGAAUGUGGACGAAGAAGAGGAGGAAAUGGAGGAAGGAGAGGAUGAAGAAAGUGGUGGCGGCGGCGGCGGUGGUGGUGAGGGCAAGCUGAUUUUGUUUCAGGGUGGCGAGCAUUUGACAUUGGAAGAUGUAUUGAAUGCGACAGGACAAGUUAUGGAAAAGACUAGUUAUGGAACUGUAUAUAAGGCAAAGCUUGCUGAUGGAGGAACAAUUGCGUUGAGGUUGUUGAGAGAAGGUAGUUGUAAGGAUAGGGGUUCUUGUUUGCCAGUGAUAAGGCAGUUUGGCAAAGUUCGACAUGAGAAUUUGAUUCCGUUGCGAGCUUUCUAUCAGGGGAAAAGAGGGGAAAAGCUACUCAUAUAUGACUAUCUACCUAACAAAACCCUCCAUGACCUCUUGCAUGAAUCAAGGGUGGGGAAACCAGUGUUGAAUUGGGCUAGGCGACACAAAAUUGCUUUGGGCAUAGCCAGAGGUCUGGCUUAUCUUCACAGCCUUGAAACACCAAUUACUCAUGGCAAUGUGAGAUCCAAAAAUGUACUUGUAGAUGACUUCUUUGUGGCUAGGCUUACUGAGUUUGGACUUGACAAAAUAAUGGUCCCUGCUGUCGCUGAUGAGAUAGUGGGACUUGCAAAGGUUGAUGGUUACAAGGCACCAGAACUCCAAAAGAUGAAGAAAUGCAAUUCUAGAACUGAUGUUUAUGCAUUUGGGAUACUGUUAUUGGAGAUUUUGCUUGGGAGAAAGCCAGGAAAGGGUGGCAGAAAUGGGGAUUUUGUUGAUUUGCCUUCACUAGUUAAAGUAGCAGUUCUUGAAGAAACAACGAUGGAAGUUUUUGAUGUAGAGCUAUUGAAGGGCACAAGGAGUCCGAUGGAAGAAGGGUUAGUUCAGGCAUUAAAGCUUGCAAUGGGUUGUUGCGCUCCUGUAGCUUCUGUAAGGCCUGCCAUGGAUGAGGUUGUAAGGCAGUUGGAGGAGAACAGACCAAGGAAUAGGUCUGCUUUAUACAGCCCAGCUGAAACUAGGAGUGAAAGCGGUACUCCAUUUUGAUUUCCUUUUCCAUUGAUUGUGAAUUUCAUUUUUGCGUUUUCACAUCUGUCUCCCAAGGAGCAUAAGUUGAUAAUCAUUUCAAUCCGCUUCAUUUCUUUGGUGAUACUUCCUAUAA